AUGACAUCUGCAACUGCGACGGUACCACGCAUCCAAGAGCAGACCUUAGACCACGUUCGUCAGUGCGUCAACAGGUUUCUGACAGAGUGCAAGAUCCCAUAUGUCGUCAAGCCUUUCGACCAAGAGUUUCAUGAGGCAUGCUGCGAAGAGGCCGCGAGGAGGGGUUGCCCCAUGGAAGACGCAGCGGAUAUACGCUCUGUCCGUCCUAAACUCGUCAGCGGUGUCGGCAUGGCUAUCUACACCUUUGGCCACCUCAACGACCGCUCAAUCCAGAUGUACAUCGCGUUAUACACCGGUUUGCUGAUGUACGUCGAGGACUACAUGCAGCACGACGUCGAAAUCGUCAGCGCAUUCAACCAGAAAUACAUACGCGGCGACCCUCAAGGGCAUCCAGUGCUCGAUGCGUUAGCAGCUCUCCUGCACGAACUUCCUCAGCGAUUCGAGCCAAUCGUCGCGAACAUCAUUUUGACUUCGGCUCUGAACUAUAUCACGGCUGUCUGGCUGGAACACCAAACUGAAACUUUGGAGCUCUCCCCUUAUGCGACAUCGUUCGCGGGGUUCUCGCGGUGGAUAUCGGGAUCGUCCGAGGCCUACGCUCUCUUCGUCUUUGCCUCCAAACUACCACUGUUGGUCUACAUCCAAGCCAUCCCCGACAUGAUGACGUUCCUCAAUUAUUCGAACGACAUGUUAUCCUUCUACAAGGAGGAGCUGGCGGGAGAGACUGCGAAUCAUGUCUCCAUUAUAGCGAGGUGCGAGGGGAAGACGAAGGAAGAAGUGUUGCGACGUAUAACGGAGGAUACAAUCGCCUGCCAUUCGAGGCUACGAAAGAUCCUGAUGAACCACCGGGAGGCCAGCGAGAUCCUUGACCAGCUUUCUGAGGGGUAUAUAAGCUUCCACGCGUCACUGGGGAGGUAUAGACUAGAAGAACUAUUGUGA